GAAAAGAGAGAUGAUCGAGAAGUAGAACGACUUUUCAAAAUACUUGAAUAUUCGACGGAUUUGAAAGAAAGUCAACUCGAUCGAACAGAACAACUCGGGGAUUGUCAUUUACCAAGUUUAAAAGCAAAUGUUGAUGUUGCCCUGAGUAUGUGUGAAAGAGUCCUUCAAAGAGAACAAAAUUUUGACAGUGAUAUAGCAUUGCUAGAAAAUAGAGAAAUAAGAAAAUUAGAAUGGGAGAAGUUUGUUAAUGAUAUGAGUGAAAAUUGUGAGAAAGUAAAUCAAACUUUUCAAGAAAAAGAGAAUGAAAUAAAAGAAUUUUAUAUUGAUUUAGAAAGAAAGUUACACAUUACACCAUAAACAUUGUUACGUACCAAUAUUUUACAAAUACAUUUUGUACUUUGUAAUUACAUAUAACAUACAAUAGUACCAAUUUUGGAUUUAAUGUAUAAACACUGACAACAAUAUAUUUCAUUAAUAAUAGAACAGUUGUAUCUAAAAAAAUAUAAGAAUGCCAGUUGAAUCAAUAGAAGAUCCUUCCAUUAAAAUCAAACCAAAUAAGAAAUUAAUAGAAUUCAUCUGCAAAAAUGUGAAGAAGACUAGUAGUACUCCAGCUGCUAUUACUGCUUUAAAAAAGUCAACUAAAGAUAAGCAGAAAGAUAUCUUAUUAAAAUUGGAUGAUCUAAGAUGGUUGAACAAAUACUUAGAAGAAUACAGAACCAAUCACAUGGAAAGUAUUUAUUUACACGAGUUGCUAGAGGAAGAUGAUAUCAGAUUACCAACUCCAAAAGUUACACCAAGAAAUCCUGAGUUGGAAGCUAGAACGCAGAAACUGAAAGCACAACAAAAUGCUAUGAAAUAUAGAGCUAUGACCAAAAAUGUAGAUACUACUACAAAGAAUUUACCAGAGGAUACUAUCUCCUACCAAAUGAAACAAAUAAAUAAACAACUCAUAGCUGUUGCACAGUUUAUAUUUUCUGUACUAGCAGGUUUUGCCUUUGGAUUUGUAGGUCUGGAAUUAAUAGUAGGAACUUUAGACUUUGGAUUUAGAUUGUUAUUAGGUAUAAUUUGUGCAUUAGUUAUUGCCUUGGCUGAAAUUUAUUUCUUAGCAAUUAAAUUAAAUGAAGAUGCAUAUGAUGCUGCUUCAACAGCUCCGCCACAUAAAAAAUUGCAUCAAGAAUAAAAUAUCAUAAAUUAUUGUUAUCAAGACAAAUUCUCUUAAUAUUAAUGUCUUUUUGCAAUAUCUAUAAAUACAAAAUAAAGAAGAAAAUUAUAAUUAUGUGCAAAAUGUAAAAUGGCAUAUAAAAUUCUAUUGUAAUACAGCUAGAAACCCAGCACAGAAAAAUUAAUGCAUUUAUUUUGUAUUAUAUAAUAAGGCAGCAUGAUGCUUUUUGGACUAAUGCAUUUCAAGGUAUAAAUAUAUACUUUACUUC